AACCUUAGUGGCCAACGGUAUAUAGUCCUUUCCUACUCAACAUUGAUAUUGAUUUUCGGUAGACGCUUCUACUUUUCUACAAAAUUCAAGUUUUGUGUUAAGCUACCGAAUUAAUUUAGUAGAACUUAAUCUAUAUGAUCUAUCUUUAUGUGAUUAAUCUGUGAUCGAUUUCGGAUUUCCAUGAUACUUUUGGGAGGUUUAACGCCAUGAAAGAUCGCCGUAAUCGUUGUCCUCUGUUCGUCAUCUCUCGGUGCGCCCUAGUUCUACUCUUCUUAUCUGGUUUUACUUUCUCCACUCAUCGACUUUUUUUCACCGAGAGGUAUCAUCCAAAUUUGGUAGCUUCAUGGAUAACAUCAACAACAGAAGCUAUAUCCACUGAUUCAACGGCGGCGCGUGGUAUAUCCAUUGGAGAAACGGUGCUGUUCCCAGACCAAGUAAUGAUUUUACUAAAAUACCCUCCAUCGAGUCCUCUGUUGACGCAACACGAAAUCGACUGCGUUUAUUCUUCUCCAAACUCAUCCCGGAGAUCCUCGCCGUUAUCAAUCGGCGGCGCAUAUCUCGAUCAUCAGAUUGUACGUUGUAAGCUUCCACCACGUGGCAUGAUCGCGUCCGUCAGUUUGAACGCCCAUGAAGUCCUCCCGUCGGGCCCCACACACGACUGGAAGUCGUUAGCUUACGAAGCCAUGAUCGACCGCGACAACACCACCGUUGUGUUCGUGAAGGGACUCAAUCUACGGCCAGGAAAACCGUCCAACGCCUCUAAGUUCCGGUGUGUGUACGGCUCUGAUUUCUCCAACCCCAAGUUGCUGCUCCGAUCAGAAGUUGUGUCAAUAGCUCAAGAGAUCGUACGGUGUAAAACUCCUUCGAGUCUUUUGAAUGUCCCACAGAAGAACGACAACAGUAAUCCCAUCAAAGUCUCGAUCAAAAUCAAUGGAAAAGGUAUUCUGGACUCCAUUGCCCGACCCGAGUUUCAAGCCUCACCCGACCCACCCGUUUCUAUUCAACAUCGGGUAUGUGCAUGCACCAUGGUCCGGAACCAAGCCCGUUUCUUGCAAGAAUGGAUCAUGUACCAUGCCCGAAUUGGAGUUGACCGUUGGUUCAUAUACGACAACAAUAGUGAUGAUGAUAUAGAAAACAUCAUAGAAUCAUUGGUAAAUCAAAAUUACAAGAUUACCCGACAUUUAUGGCCUUGGAUCAAGACUCAAGAAGCCGGGUUUGCCCAUUGUGCGUUACGCGCCCAGGACUUGUGCGAAUGGGUCGCAUUUAUUGACGUUGAUGAGUUCUUAUAUUUGCCAUCUGGGGUCCACUUAGAGACCCUAAUUAGAAACCAAACUAGCACGGCUGAGGUAGCAGAGUUACGAAUAUCAUGUCACAACUUUGGGCCAUCAGGUUUGAAAAAGAUCCCACCAGAAGGAGUCAUGGUGGGAUACAAAUGUCGGUUGGGCCUACCCGAGAGGCACAAGAGCAUAGUUCGACCCAAGAAACUGAACCCGUCAUUGAUCAACAUGGUGCACCAUUUUGAUCUAAAGGAUGGGUUCAAAUACGUGAAUGUGGAUAGAAAUUUGAUGGUGAUUAAUCACUAUAAGUUUCAAGUUUGGGAGGUGUUUAAGGAGAAGUUUUAUAGGAGAGUGGCUACUUAUGUUUCGGAUUGGCAAGAUGAGGAAAAUGUUGGGUCUAAAGAUAGAGCCCCGGGUUUGGGGACACGGGCGGUUGAGCCGGGUGACUGGACGAGUCGGUUUUGUGAGGUUAAUGAUUCGGGUUUGAGGAAUUGGGUUUUAAAAAGGUUUAGUGACCCAGAUACUGGGCUAUUGCCAUGGCAGAAAGAAGAAAGAGUUUUGUGAAAGCCUUUAUAGUGUACACUUGAUCUAAUGGUAUAUAAUUAUGUAAUGUGUAAAUAUAUUGCCUUACUAUAUUUUGAUUAACUAUAUACUGUCAAACUUACUG